AGAAGAGAUAAACAGCUUGCGCGCGGAGUUUUGCACCCAGGUCCUAUUUUUCCAAAUCACUAUCACCAAUGAGAAUAUUCUCAUUGCUAUCACCGAUUGAUUUUUCAAUAGAAAAAUAAACUUAGUUGCCUUGAUUUUGCCAGUGUAGUAGUCAAUUGUUUUCAGUGAGAUAAACGUAGAAAGGUGAGACAAUAACUAUUCCGACAUGACUUCCGCCACCUACGUCAAGCCGUAGAUUGCGCAAUGAUUUGUUUACAAUUACAUUAAUACAUUUCCAGCCGUAUUCAUCGGUUAAUCGCUGCAAGGUUUCGUAGCAAAUCGGAUGAUGCAAAAAAUGAUUUUUUCGUGGUUUUUACCCGCAGUUAGUCAUCGUUAUUACAGGGAGUUUGCUACGACAACGAUAAAAAUGAAAGAUAAAAUACCAAGAUUGCUUUUGUUUGAUAUUGAUGGCACCUUGACAAAAUCGCAUUACAAGGACUCUGUAAAUGGUCACCCAAUGGCACGUGCAUUGUCGGAGGCAUUCGGGAAGAGUAUAAAAAGGAAUGCAAUUUCUUUUGCAGGUGGAACAGAUCGCUCUAUCAUAAGAGAUGUAUUGCAAGGGAAUGGAAUAACAGAAGACAACACUACUGACUAUGAGAAAAGAGUUAUUGAAACUCUUCGUAUUUUACCAGAGUUCAUGCGAACAGGCAUUGCUGAGGGAAACUAUUCUUGGUCAGCAUUACCAAAUGUACAUAAACUAUUACAAAGAUUAUCACAGAUUGAAGAUGUGAGGUUGGCAUUGCUGACAGGUAACAUUGUAGAGGAUGCAAGAAUAAAACUUGAAUGUGCUUCUAUUGACAUUAGCCUAUUUGAGGUUGAGUCAAGUGAUGGUAAAAAAGAAUUGUUGGGUGCAUUUGGAUCUGAUCAUGAAGUCCGGAGCAAAUUGGUACCAUUCGCCAAGAAACGUUAUUCUGAUUUGAUCGGACAGCAGGUCCUAUCCCAGGACAUGAUUAUUAUUGGUGAUUCUCCCAAAGACAUUACCUGUGCCCAUGACAACGGAGUAGCUUGUGUAGCUGUUGGGACAGGACCAUCUUCAUAUGAACAUCUGACAGAUGCUGAUCAUUUGCUCAAAGAUGGUUUUAAAAAUAUAGAUGAAAGUAUUGAUGUUAUUUUACGGACUAAAAUCAUGUCAUCAUGACAUGCAAAGCUUUUACUGUGAUGAAACUUUAAGUCGGCCUACCAUUUGGCUGAAAUCAUCAUCUCUAUUAGUACUUUUUCAUGGUUUCUAUAUGCAUGAAUGUAAUUUAGUUUUAUGGUAUCUAUUUUAAAAUCGGCUUGUGUUACCUUGUAUUGCUUUUGUUAAGAAAUUAUCAGAAUCUCAAGCCGCUCUAUAUGGCAUCAAGCCAAUAUUGCAUUAUUGUUUACAUAUAUAUAUUCAGUGAAGAUAUCCAGUCUUUAAUACUAUGAUUAUGGUGCAAAAUGAAACUAGAUUGUUGAAUUUCGAAUAAAUCCAGUUGGAAUUAAUAGAAAGAGGGGUGUCCUUUUGAUUUACUCAUGAUUAUCAUAUGCAUGGCUAUAUGCCAUUUGUAUUAUGAAUUUGAAAUUUGUGUAUCACAAUAUGGUUUUUUCCCUUUGAUGAAAAGAUGCUUACACCAGGCUUGUAUUUUUCAUAUGAAAUUUCCACGGUUUAAAUUUAAUUUCAUUGUAUUAUACAGAAUAAUAUUCACCUGUAAUUUUCUGUUGUUGAGCAUGCACUUAUUUACACAUUUUGUUGGUGGCAUAAGGUGUUUCUGUCUGUACGUUUCCCUUACACCAAGGGAAUUCUCACCAAGUUUUAUAGUCUCAUUUACUGUCUGUAUUUGUGUGACUCGUUUUAAUAACAAAUGUACCGCAGAUAUAAUAUUUGAUAAGGUGUGAAACAUUGUUAUAAUCUUGCUUUAGUUUUCAAUACAAAUCGUUUUGCAUUUCUGAGCCAUA